AUGCGUGCCUACAGCCGUAAUGCCAUUCUCCGCUGCUGCGACGGUCUCUCCCGCCGCCAUGCGGCCGCCAGCGACGAACUGAAGGCCGCCGUGUUGGCGCGGCACAACGCCGACGCACCGAAGAUCAAAGCGAUGCGGGAGCGCUACGGCCCGGAGUCGCUCAGUAAAGCCACCGUCGACGCGGCGUACAGCGGGAUGCGGGGAAUCACCGGUAUUGUCUACGAGCCAUCGCUGCUGGACGCCGAACACGGCAUUCGCUUUCGCGGUCUCACCAUUCCGGAGUGCUGCGAGCGAAUCCCAAAGGCCCCACGCGGCGGCACCGCACCGCUGCCGGAGGGAAUGUAUUGGCUUCUCAUGACAGGGAACAUCCCAACAGAUGCGCAGGUACAAGCACUUGGUGCCGAACUGCACCAGCGAGCAGAUCAGGAGAUCAUUGAACAAGCCAUUAAAGUUAUCGCUACAUUGCCAGAAAAUGCACACCCCAUGACUCAAUUGGCUACAGGCAUUCUCGCACUACAGACACAUAGUAAGUUUGCAGCGGCCUACGCAUCAGGGAAGGCUACAAAGGCAAAUUAUUGGGAAUACGCCUUGGAAGACUCUCUUGACAUCAUCGCCCGUUCUCCACAACUGGCUGCAGUGAUUUACAAUCGCCUUACCACUGGUAAGGUGGCUCUCGCUAACCCCAGUGAUAAAAAUUUGGACUGGGCUGGUAACUUUACCAACAUGUUGGGAUUCAAGGAUGAAACGUUCUGGGAUUGUAUGCGACUUUACCUUUCCUUGCAUUGUGAUCAUGAGGGUGGUAAUGUUUCAGCUCAUUCUACUAUUUUGGUUGCAUCAGCCCUCAGUGAUCCUUAUCUAUCCUAUACUGCCGGACUUAACGGUCUUGCUGGCCCUCUUCACGGACUUGCAAACCAGGAGUCACUUACCUAUUUGCUGGAAAUGCGUGAUAAGUGCAAGGCGGCUGGAUUAGAUAUGAGGAACCGAAAAGAACUUACUGCUGGUUUGGAAAAGUUUACAUGGGAACGAUUGAAUGCCAAACGUGUGGUGCCUGGUUUUGGACAUGCCGUGCUGCGUGUUACAGAUCCCCGUUACACAUGUCUGCGUGAAUUCUGUCAGAAGCACUUCCCUGAAGAUGAACUCUUCUUGCUUGUAGAUGCCAUCUACUCCAUUAUGCCAGAUAUUCUUACCAAACACGGUAAGACCAAGAACCCAUUCCCUAAUGUGGACGCCCACUCUGGUGUUGUUCUUCAGCACUAUGGCCUUACAGAACAGGUCUACUACACUGUCUUGUUCGGUAUUUCCCGUCAAUUAGGCGUUCUGACAGGUGUUGUGUGGGAUCGUCUGCAGGGUCGUCCUAUUGAACGUCCAAAGUCCAUUACAUCGGAAGCGCUCUUAAAGCAGUUUAAGAUGGAAUAG